AUGUCCGGGUUGUGCUUGGCAAACGUGACCCAGUCGCGGUCGACGGCGAGCACGGGCAUGGUGUUGCCCGCCUGGGGCUCGAGGCGCAUGUCGGCGAAGCGGAGCAGGUCGAGCUGGCGCAGGAUCGAGGAGAAGGCCGGCUUGCAUAACGCGGCAAAGGCCUUUUGGGCGGCGGCCUCGGCCUCGAAGGCGGAAAUGUAG